AUGCCUAUCGCAAUCGGUAUCCCUCCUUCUCAGCUCCCGCUCAAAAUGCGCCUCCUUCACCAAGCCCUAACGGUGUUCCUCGCCUCCCUCCUCCUCGACACCGCCGCCGCCGAGCCCUUCUGCUACGAAGGCUCCACCCGACCGGACCCCAACGAAUGCGCCGUCUACCAUAUCUGCGACUUGGGGAAGUUUCAACGGACGCGCUGCCCCCCGGGUCAGGCGUACAGCGUGCUCACGGGGGACUGUGUGCCCGAGUGGCGGUCGCCGGGAUGUCGUGCGGGUCAUAGGGUGUAUCAGGAGGGGGAUCUCCCGGACAACAUCAACUGGCCGUGACUGGGUUUUCUCUCCUUGGGGAUCUCUCGAUGUAUGAGUGGGGUUUGACAGCGUUCAGAUCGUGAUUGUCGCGUACAUUCUUGUUUUAAACUCUACUGUGUGUCACAUGUGCGCCCUCCUCAAUGAAACCAAUCUAC